ACUCGUGCACAAGGUAAAUUAUUCGAUCCUUGCAGGUUUGUGAUGAUUAGAGAGAAAAAACGUCACUCAUAUUCUUAUUCGUCUUGAUAGGAGAAGCGUUAUGAACAUAAUUUCUAAACAAACCUUCCCUUCUCCUUGCCUCCUCGUGCAGAGAAUUUUGCACUGUGGACAGUAAAAGCAACACCGUAAGUAGCAGUUUUAGAAACAUUAUCGAUUGCAUCAACCACAACUGGCGACAACCAUACUCACUGGUGCUCUAAUCACAGGAACAUAUUCAUCUUCGAACCGAUUAGAGCGUCGUUAGUCAUUUUGUUGACCUAUAUAAACAAAUACCGGUCGUAGGUCGUGUGAUAAGCAUAGCCCUUAGAAACCCUGACCGAACAUAAAGCACUCGAAACACUAUCGAUGUUGAAUGCCAUUGAAUUUUUUCGGUACUAAACCGUUCCUGUCGAAUUCCGAACAUCCUGGUGACAGCAAUUGUUAUUUGUACGUUAAUUCUGUUCACUUGAUUGCUAUUAUGACGCCAUUGCUUGUGGGUAUCGCGCUCAAUCUUGUGUGUUUUAUUGUUUCCUUUCUACUGGAAGCGGAAAUAGACACGGAAUCGUUAUCACCAGCAUUGCUUAUCCCUAGCUCUUUGCAAUUGUUACGUUCUUUUUGCCAAAAAAAAGAAAGAUCACAUUAAUCAUCGUGAUUAUAACGGAAAUAAUGUUCAUAACCGAUUAAUUUGAUGAUCAUAAGGUUGAAGUUUAAAUUUAUGUGCACUGCCACCAGCCUGAGGUUUGGGUUAUAAUUUUAUACCUAUGUUAAUUUUAUCCUUACACAGAAUUACUUAAUAUUUAUAUUAUAACUAUGUUCUGCUUACCGUGUAUCAAUCACAAUGUUUCGAUCACCCGAACACUACUGAUCCUCAACUCUUGGAACGCGAACAAAGAUUACUCAAUUUAGCUCAACAUAGCCUUUCCGUCAUGGCCAGAAACCCUAUCGUUCGAAUAAAAAAAGCAAUUAAGAUUACAGGAAAAAACAAGGGUUGAGGGCAUGUCUCGUUGCGCUCAUCGACAAUUUCGUAAUCCCCAAAAACCGACCGAUAACCAAUCUGGUGACGGUUGACUAAACAUUGGUCAAAUGGUCAAGUGGGAUGCUGUUUUUUGUGGUUGUUGCUUCGUUUACACUAUUUUUCUCCCGAGCAAAGAUUGAUUUUGUUCGUUUUCUGUCCGAAUGCUGAUUAGCAUUCUUUCGGGGCGAAAUUUCCCCACUGCCCAGAAGCUUCCCGUCGAUGCUAAAUUGUCGCGUACGAAGUUGCGUUUUAAGUAAUUGAUCGCCAAGACUGCUCAGUAACGAAUUAGAGGUCGUAGCACGAUCACACAUUCUUCUGAACUCGAGGCAAGUGGUUUGGUUUUGUUCUGGCGGGUGCACUAUUCCGUUAGUGAGAUUCUGGAAAUGGGGCAACUUUCGAAUGCCUUUUCCAGGCGACUGCCUUUGUCGGUGAUUUUGUGUUCUUGGUGUCUGGUUUUGUUGGGGUUUGGGUUGAUAGUUCCAUCAGUAGUCGCCGUUGAAAAGUUGUGCUAUGAAGAGGAAAAAGUGCCUAAGCUGAUGGAAAAUAAAAGUCAAAUCAUUGAGUACGGUCAAGGAACGUACUACUGCAUGUUUAGCGAGCACACUAUGCGCAUUCCGAUCAUGGUGGAUGCUUUGAGUUGUUCGAUAGAUUACGAUGUACGCCAAAAACGAGCUUGUUGCGAAGGUUACCAUGCAGUCGGGGACGAGUGUUUGCCAUCCUGUCGAUUGAAGUGCAUCUUUGGAGAGUGUGUUGCACCGGAUAGGUGUGAUUGCUACAGUGGCUAUAAGAAGGUGAACGAUCAACGCUGUGAACCAGUGUGUGAAGUAGGGUGUGAAAACGGUCAAUGUGUUGCCCCGAACGUGUGCCUUUGCGAUGUGGGUUUCGAGCGAGAUGCAUCGAGUGGAUCCUGUCAACGAAAGUGCGAUCGUACGUGUCGAUUUGGACGAUGUAUUGAUGAUGUUUGCCAGUGUGACGAAGGUUAUCGGCCUGAUCCGAAUGAUGGAAAUGGUUGUGUUGCACACUGUACCGAAGUGUGCCAGCAUGGCGUUUGCGUACUGCCCAACAUAUGUCAGUGUGAGGCAGGAUAUACACUUUCAACGCAUUCAAAUUUCACUUGUGAACCGGUUUGUCCGGAAGGAUGUGCCAAUGGAAACUGUAUUGGACCUCACCAGUGUGCCUGCCAUGAAGGAUACGAACUAGACGAUAGCAAUCACUGUGUUCCGGUUUGUUUAAAACCCUGCCAGGGUGGUCAAUGUGUAGCUCCGGGUAAAUGUAGCUGUGGCGAAGGAUACAGCCCUACUGACCACGAUGAAUCGGUGUGCAUGCCAAGCUGUUCCGACCCGUGCGUCAAUGGAGACUGUGUGGCACCAAACACUUGUCUAUGCCAUAGGAACUUUCGUCCUCGGGACGACCAAACGCCUAACGUUUGUGUUCCCGAAUGUCGCAACGGAUGUGUGAACGGCGUCUGUAUCGGGGCUGGAGUUUGUCAAUGUGCCGAAGGGUUCCUGUACAAUGAAACGAUAGGUUUUUGUGAACCGUUUUGCAAUCAGCCCUGCGAGAAUGGUGUCUGCAUUGGUGGGAAUCAAUGUCAAUGUCGGGAAGGUUAUCAGCUGGAUCAAAAGUCGGGCAGAAAUUGUGUACCACACUGUUCGAAGCCAUGUGUGCAUGGAAUGUGCGUUGCCCCGGAUGUUUGUGAUUGUAAGAAAGGCUACGUAAAGAGUGAGAAUAGUAGGAAUGUCUGUGAACCUAAAUGUUCGAAGGGCUGCUCGAAUGGACGUUGCGUUGCUCCAGAUCACUGUGAAUGUCUGAAAGGUUAUAUUGCAACUACAAGCUCAAUAACUUCCAAAUCUUCCAUCUGUACACCGUACUGCAAGAACAAAUGUGUUAACGCUUACUGCAUCCGGCCGAACGUGUGCCAAUGUCUGGCUGGGCAUCGUUUUGUAGAGAACAGUACGAGUGUAUGCGAACCGAUCUGCGAGGAGAGUUUGGUGGACUGCUCUAAUGGUCGCUGUACGCAGCCCAACGUUUGUGAGUGUAACGAGGGUUACACGCUUGCCAUCCGUAACGAUCGUAUGUUGUGUGAACCGGUUACCUGUCGGGAACAUUGCGUCAAUGGUUACUGUGUGGAGGAGGGUCGUUGCGAAUGCCAUCCGGGCUAUCGUCCCUCGCAACAACUGCAUUCGAUCUGUGAACCUACGUGUGACGGUGGUUGUGAGAAUGGUGCCUGCAUAGCACCGAACACCUGCGUGUGUAAUGCGGGAUUCGUACGACUUCCCGGCAGUGAUCGAUGUGAGGCAAACUGCGAUCUGAAUGUGGUUGAUUGCUAUAAUGGAGUUUGUCUGGGUUCGAAUCAAUGCCAAUGCCUGGAGGGAUAUUAUUUGCGUGUUCCCAUGAACGGUAGAGCAGCGGAAUGUGUUCCGGUGUGUAGUAAUGGAUGUUCUAAUGGUCGGUGCCUAGCACCGAAUGAAUGUCUCUGCAACGAUGGUUACGAGUAUCGGGUGGAGUCGGAUCAAUGUGAGCCGGUGUGUGUGCCUGGUUGUGUGAAUGGCUUAUGUAUUGCACCGAACGUGUGCCAAUGUUUCGAAGGAUAUGCCCCAUUGGAGGACCCUGCAUCACUGGAGGAGUCACGUUUCGAGUGUGCCCCAUACUGUGAUCCCAUCGUAGUGAAUUGCACAUUCGGGAUUUGUGGUGGUCCUAAUGUUUGUCGAUGCUUUGAUGAUUUUUACUCCACCACUGAUGGACUCGGCAGACAGACGUGCGAACUUAUCCCAGAACCGAUCGAGUGUGGGAAGGAUGUCAUUAUUUAUGAGGUGGAAAAUGUUUCGAAUGGAUGUGUUUGCGAGGAGCCAAAAGAUUGUCCUGCUUUGAGAUGUCCUGAGAUUGUUGAAUCUCCUGUUUGCAAUGUCACAUGUCCUACGGCUCCACCAACUCCAACUCCAUGCCCAAAGGUGGUAUGUCCAACGGUUCCGCCAACUAAACCAACGACCAAAGCACCAGCAAUCCUUCCGGCAACUUGUCCACCGGUACAGUCUUGUCCAGAUGUAAAUUGUCCAACUGUAACCCCUCCAGAGUGUCCCACAACUCCAGCUACAGAGCCAAUCUGUGACGAACUGUACGUCCAAUGUGGGCACGGUGAUUGUAUUGAGAACAAUGUUUGCUCUUGCCACAAGGGCUACCAGUUGGCGGUUGGUCCCGAAUCGAUAGUGUUCUGUAAGCCUGUCUGUAGUGGCGAUUGUACCAACGGAAUCUGCACCGAACCGGAUGUAUGCGUCUGUCUACCAGGAUACGUCGAAACGCUCGAAGGCCAGUGUGAACCGUACUGUGAGGAAUCGUGUGGGCAGGGAUCGUACUGUGCACAGCCCAACGUUUGCGCAUGCCAGCAAGGAUUAAUUCCCGAUGACCAUGGCAACUGUGAGCAUCCGUGCAAGCCUGGGUGUGUGAAUGGAGAGUGUAUUGAUGGACGUUGCUUCUGCGAUGUGGGAGCCAUUCUUCGAAAUGGACACAUCUGCGUUGAGGCACAGGCAGAUAUGGAGGAUCUUUUCAUUCAAAGCCGCUUUGAUGACGAAGAUGAUGAGGACGAAGAAGACGAUGACGAACGGGACGAGCUUACAGAAGAACCUUUAAACUGUCCAGACGGAUUCCGAUCGGUACCGGCAACGGGUGAAUGUAUCUGCGAUUCUGGAACUAUUGAUGCGGAUGGAACUUGUAUCAAUUUGAAUGCGGUUAACGAAGUAAAGCUGCUUGAUCUGGCCAUGGAGCGUAUGGUAGUGGAGCGGGAACAGUUGACCGAGCUUAGCACUGAAAACACCACACAACCAGAAUCGAUUCAACCGUCCGAGUCCAGCCUGUUAUCAGCAAUUGAUCGUGAUCAAUGGAUCAUCAUAGCAGCAGUUAUCGGUGUAACAAUUCUGAUCGUCACAGCAUCUGUUUUGCUAUGUAAAUGCAUUGGAAAGAGGAACUCAAUAGAAACAGACAUACAUUAGCAGCUGACCGGUGUUACGAUCAGUAUUCAUCCCAUCAUCACUCGCCAUUGGAUCGCUGUAUAGUGUGCAAAUCUAGGAUUAUUUAUUAAAGUUGCUACAAAAAAGCAGAAUAAAAGCAGUUUUGUUCGUGUUUUUUAUGAA